GGUCUGACGGGUGUCCCCCAGAACUCUCCGGGCUCGGAGGAGGAGCUGGCCAAGGCGCUGGAGGGGCUGGGGCUGGAGGAGGGGGCCGGGGACGGCGUCCUGCCCGUCAUGCGCAGCCUGAUGCAGUCCCUGCUGUCCAAGGACGUGCUCUACCCCUCCCUCAAGGAGAUCACCGAGAAGUACCCCGAGUGGCUGCGGCAGCACGGGGGGUCCCUGCCGGAGGAGCAGCUGCGCCGGUUCCAGGCGCAGCAUUCCCUGAUGUCCCGGCUGUGUGCGGAGCUGGAGCGGGAGCAGCCGGGGGAGCCCGAGGGGCAGCGCCGGCAGCGCUUCGAGACCCUCCUGGACCUGAUGCAGCAGCUGCAGGACCUGGGACACCCCCCCAAGGAGCUGGCGGGGGACACGCCCCCCGGAUUCAACCUGGACCUGCCGGGGGGGGCGAGUGGGGAGCAGUGCCGGGUCAUGUAG